AUGUUAUGCCAGCGCCAGCUGCUGCUGCUGCUCGCAUCCGCUGUCGUCAGCGGCUGGGCCUCCAGCUCCGAGUACUUGAUCAUCCGCCAUGGCCGGUCGCGUGUGCGGCACUCGAGCGAAAAGGACCACAUCCGGUGGGGGCUGCAGGUGUUCGACAACUUCACCCUUCUCGACUACGACGUCGUCGGGGGCAGCGGGAGCGGGUCCGGCGGGGAUGAGCAGACAUCGAACGAGACGGCGCGGAAGCCGGCACCGGGCGGUCAGCACGUCGGCGGCCCUGGCGAUAGCGCCGCCAGUGGCGAGGGUACGCUUACGAUUCAGUUUAAUGAGUCCGAAGAGCUGGAGCGCAUGAUUGAAGUGAGUGACUUCGAGAACCUUCGCUACGGGGUGCGUGGUGCAGGCACGCCGCUAGAUUCGGCCAGGCCACCGUCUUCGACGGCGAAACCGUCGUUGCACGGAAAGCUCAUCAAGAAGGAGAUAAUGGAGAAUAUUCGGCGCACGGUGGAUAAGGGCCUGGCGUACCUGAAGUCGCAUAAGAAUCUCGAUGAGGUGAAAAUUGAGCUCGUCCCAUUUCGGGAGCCAGACAAGCGGCCUAAUCGGUUGGAAGAGGAAUCGAUUAGGCCGACGAGUAACGCUAUCGCCUUUAUUGACAGGCCGCCAUUAUCAUCACAUCGAAGCGCGGGAACAAUCACCGGUGCAAUCGACACCCCGGGCGAAAUCAGUAGGUGGAGUCACCGAAAGGCGAUCGACAGUGGUUCGUCGGUCCGCGAUUAUCCGAAUGACGACGAUGGGCUGUCAGUCGCUGACGUUGGACUCGGCAGCGUGGACCAGGAGCGCGCGUCGGUGUACGACGAACCGACGGACGAGGAAGCCACGCUGGACACCCGUCCACAGGACGACGAUCCCCUGCUGCAGGAAGCCAGCGUUGAGGUAGUGUCGGUCGACGUGAGUUCGGGCGCAGAGGUGGACGUGGACGUUAACAACAUCUUUCACAUGGAGGAGGCCGACCUGCGCGAGCUGGACGAGACGAGCCGCAACAAUCGGCGGAACCUGAUGAAGGGCCGCGACGUGGUCACGCAGUUUCUGCAGAUCGUCGAGAGCCAGCAUCUGCUCGGUGCGAACUGCACCGCGGGAACGGCCCUCAACCUGGGCGAGGGCGUCGUCGACCGGUACGCCCAGGAUCGGUUUCGCAUCGAGGCCGACAUCGCCGUCAACCGGGCCAACAUGCUGACCAGAAUUUUCAAGUUCUCGUCGGCGGACGUCCAGGCUUCGGAGCACCUGUUGCACGCGUCCGUCCUGUCGAUGGUGGAGUUUGACGACGACAUCUUCGCCGGGGGCAAUUGUUUCGACUGGAACCAGCAUCCGGCCAAGCGGGGCCUGUUCUGCCCGUUCGCCUACCGGCUACCGCCCCCGGACCAGGGCGCGUCGCUCGUGAAGGACCUGGCGCUGGAGUAUCACUACUUGGGCAACACCUCGGAGUGGUUUUUUCUGGCUCGCAAAAACGCCGAGAAGGUCAUCGCGAGGAACGAACAGUACAUUAAAUCCUUCCACGUGUAUACGAACAACACCGAGCGGCAAGCAGACGAGAUCCUGUCGGUGAAGUACGAAGACGGACGCUGGUCAAAACCAUACUACGAUUGUGGAGGCGGAAAUAUCUGGAUGCUGACGUACACCGUUCCAUUCUUUGGCUAUGAGAAUGGAACCUAUUUCUUCAAAGGAACAUCCGGAAUAGAUAUCGACUUACGGCGCGUCGACAUUGAUCAGUGUUCGCAGAAAAACUCACCAUCCGGGGCUCCGCAGCCAUUAAACAUUUUCGCCGGGACGGACAAGUGCAAGCAGCGAACCACGGAGUGCACCCCCAUUCCGGGUCUAGGCUUCCGUCGUGGAUCGUAUCGAUGUAUCUGCCGGAAGGGCUACUACUUUCCGGAUACGACCAUCGAGCAAAAGUACUUCAAUGGCAGCACGCUGGAGGAAGAGUACGAAAAGCUUAUGUUGAACGAGUACAGCACGUACAGCAUACCGAACUCGUACGAGUGUCUGCAAUGUGCCGAAGGAUGCGACUCCUGCGAAGAUGCGUCACCGUGCGUAGCGGCCUUAAACUGGCCGAUGCGAACCUCUAUCCUCGUGCUGGCCUGUGCCGUUAUUGGUCUUCUUCCUCCCGCAGCCGUUUUUACGUUCAAAUAUCAACAAGUUAAGGUUGUUCGUGCUGCAAGUCCGGCGCUGCUGCGCGUAAUCGCACUGGGUGCGUUUUGCAUUUAUUGCACGUCGGUAGUGAUGUAUCCGCCGCCAUCGCUCUACUCCUGCACGGCACGCAUCUGGCUACGGGAAAUCGGAUUUUCCCUGACCUAUGGGGCGCUGAUGCUGAAAACCUGGCGCAUAUCGGUCAUUUUUCGCGUCCGUUCAGCGAAGGCGGUCAAAAUCACGGACGCGUAUCUACUGAGGCGGAUCGGAGUCCUGUGCGGUUGCGUGGGGAUCGCACUUCUGGUGCGAACCUUGGUGGCGCCGCCCGUCGUGAUCGUGGGCCGUACGGCCGACAACCUGAAAGCGUUCCUGUGCAAAACCGACUGGUGGGACCAUACCUUCACGUCGAUGGAAGUCCUGUUCCUGGCCUGGGGCGUUCGGCUCUGCAUCAUGGUGCGGAAGGCACCGUCCGAGUUCAACGAAAGCCGCUUCAUUUCGAUGGCGAUCUACAACGAAUUCCUCCUGACGUGCUUCCUCAACGUGUCCAUGUUGUUCCUGCAGUCGCCCGCUAAUCCCGAUUUAUUGUACAUCAUAUUUUUCUGUCACACGCAGCUUACGGUUACGCUGCUGCUGGCUUUGAUUUUUGGCAGCAAGGUUUACCUGGUGUUCCGGGGCGGCGGCAAACAUCAGGACGAUCCGACCGGUCUCGGCAUCAAGCCAUCUGGUGCCAAAUUUAUUAGCCGCUCGCACGGACGUACCUUCGCCAAUGCGAGCAGCGUCACGACGUCCACCGCCCAGCUUGGGGCAAACAUCGUGAACGAGGGCCGGCUGACGGAAACGGAAGCGGCGGAAGAACUGAAGCAGCUCUACACGCAACUCCAGCGAUUGUACGAACGCAUCCCACAGCGCGGUGCCGCCAUCUUGACCGUCGCGAGUCUGAUGGAAGCGUGUCGCUGUUCGACGCUCAAGCCACCGGCCCUCGGUGCCCUCGGAGCCGCCAGCCCAUUGAAGGCCAUCCAGGCCGGGCCGACCGAAGGCACCAGGCCGGCCCUCGAUGGGACGACAACGGACGCUUCCGGUGCAUCGCCCACAGUGCAGCGACUAGACAAGAGCACCAACACGAGGACGAUCGCAACCAUCCCGAAUGGCACCGGCGUUUGCCACGGAGCCAUGGUUGCGUCGCAGACGCGAAUCACCAUCACCGACGACGAGCUGGCGGAAGCAGAGGACGUCGGUGCAGGUCGGCAGUUGGGCACCGGAGCCCGAUCGAUCGACGGCAGUGACUUUCGGCUGGACCACCAGCAGCUGCAGUGCAUGUGCAGUGGCGGUGCCGAGGAGGACCGGUGCGGCAGCGACCAGUGCCGCUGCUGCGGUUGUGGCUGCUGCCCUUCGAGACGCGCUCAUCGACAGCGGGAGCAGCCCCAUAACGAUAGUGUGAUAAAUUACUCCAACGCCGGCAGUGCGGGCCGCACGGUUAAUUGUAAUUGUAAGAUAAGUGCAGUGAACGAUGUGUCGGAGGCCGAGGCCCGAGACCGACGACGAGCCAAACAGCCCGGCUCCGAGCUGGUGCUAAGCUGUCAGUUUAGUGGUGCCGGCGGUCUGAGUGCGGGUCUUUUGAGUGCCGGCCAGCUGCAGCAGCAAGGACCGCUACCGCAACAGCAGCAGCAGCAGCAGCAGCUUCGGCAUCAGUGUGUCUCGAGCACGUCCAGUGACUACAGUGAGCUCAGUACAAAAGCGUUCGAAUCUUGUGAUAAUCCGCCACAUCAGCCCCACCGGCCCGUGAACCACCAGCACUGCCAUCCACCGCAGCAACAGCAGCAGCAGCAGCAGCAACGACGACAACGGCAAACUUCCUGCUCCGGUGAUAAUUUAGAUAAUCAUGCCCCUGCGGAUCAGGCGGUGCGACCCGGUCCCGGGGCGGGGGCCACCCGGCCAGUGCAGCCCAGCGCCCCACCGCCCGGCGCCCGGGCGGGGAACUUAGAAAAGUUUAACAAAUUGUACGCCGACUCCGGCAAUCGGAUAGAUAGUUUGCAAGAAAAUUUCCUCAUGCGAGCGGCACUCACGACGGCGCUGCAGAACCUGGAGAACGAGAACCGGUCGCGGGGGCCACACCCGAACCAUCGGCACCAUCGGCGCUCGAGCGCGGACGGUGCGGACUCGUCCACGAGCCAGUCCACGGCCGGGGCCACCGAAUCGGCCAGCUUCGACGAGCAGCUCGUGAGCGGGAUGGAGGUGACGGACGAGCAGUCACGGGUCCGAGUUGUCUCCGAAUCGAUCGAAUCCUCACUCAGCUCACCGACGGCGGUUGGCGGAGAGCAUCCAACAGCAACCACCGCCACCGGUGCAGUGCCAUCUGGUGGCAAACGGAUACAGCGUCCGGACGGUUCGCCUCUAAACCCGAGCGACGGCAACGGCAGCAGCGGAAGUGGCAGUGCCAACACGCUCGAAACGGCCGGUGCCGUCGCUGAUGCCGGUGGUGGAAGUGGAAGCGCCAGUACCAGCGGAACUGGCAGUGGUAAGAAGAAGAAGUCACCCGAGAAGCGCUUGGUCAUCGAUCUGAACGAUCGUUCCAAGUAUACCGAGGAGGUGUCGGUGUGA